AUGGCCGACAUCCCCCCGUACCCACUGUACAACAGGACUUACAACCUGUACCGCAUAUCCCCACUGCACCAUGGCGACACGCCCCUGCUCCGCGAUGCUUCCCUUCGUACCCAUGCAAAGCGACUGAAAGAGCAGCUCAAGGGCGACAAUGUGCGCGGUGUGCAGGUCGACUUUGCUGCCGCCGAAGACACGGCCAAGCUGGGUCCACUAGAGGAGUGCAGCUGGGACUUGCUUGGAGACGAGGAUGCUUGGAUUGACCGUCAUGUUGCAGACAUAGAUGAGUCGCAAAUAUCUUCUGUCCUCACUGCAGAAAAUGCACGUGGGCUUGAAAUCAGUCUCGAGUACGAGAAGCAGUCGUACAAUGCGCUCCUUCUGCGCGACCCGGCCGUCACUUCCUCACCUGAGGGCUUCACCUCACUCCCGCUCCUACUGGUCAAGAUGCCGGGCCCGAUCCGAGAUAUUUUCGUCAACUACCUCCGCACCACAUUUGACGCCCACGUCGCGCCAUUGCGGCUGCCGUCGCCUUUCAUCUCAUCUAGUCUGGAGACCUACUUCAAGCACCUCACCGCCAAGACUUCGACUCUGUCAAUACAGCAGCCCUUUACAGCUGCUUUGUUCGCUUAUCUAAAGCACCACCUCGCCCUCGACGCAUCGCAUCCAAACGUCCAAAUAUCGCGAGUCUCCUGCAAUAGCUUUUCCCUUGGCACUGAGCGCCUGAAGCUGAUUGCGCCAGACACCCUUGCGGAUACGUCCUUUUCCGACGAGGGAGGUGCCUCACAAGACGCAAGUGCGGGUCAGCUGGCCGUACAUGAGCUUUAUACUGUUUUGGUUAGGGAAGCGACCGGUAGUGGCAAGUUCUUGCCAGAAGAAAUGGCCAAUGACUAUAGAGAAGAUACGCCUUCUUUACGGAGGAAACGAGCCAUCAGCAACGCAGCGAUUGGCAAUGGUAACAACAAGAAGAGCAAGGCUAGAGGGAAGGAGAAUGGAAAGUUUUCCAAUGGCACAGCGGCAUGA